UCAGCAUUUGCAUAUCAACCUUCAUUGCAGUGACGCUUAAAAUGAACUCCGUUCUGGUGAUUAUUUGUCUUGGGACGUUGGCUAUUUUGGCGGAUUGCAUGGUAUCGACAAACAGACACCAGAUGAAAGAAGAACCGCCGUGCAUGUGGAUUUUUUGGAGACCGAGGAGGCCAGCUACGACCACAAAACCGCCAACAAAAGCCCAAACUCCAUCCACUCCGUCUACUGCCACGACUAUAUCUCCGACAACUCUUCAGACGGCUGACAGUACAGUGAUGGUAACUACUACUUUGACCAGGAUUGAACAAACUACGGAGGCUAUGGAAACUACAACUGCAGAUAUUUCCGAUGCCACAUUUACCACCGCUGCUCCAACAACAACGCCGGACGCCGAAGUUGUUGCUGAAGCAACAGUUUAGGUGAUAUAGGUAUUUGAUUCUGAAAUAAAAUUGGAAGUAUUCUCAGCAUACUCCCGAAAAACAAAGACAUAAAUUAAUUU